CUCUCUCUCAUGUAGCCAGGCGGACUCUACAGUCAGUCAGUCUCAGAGGGGUGACCCAGGAUCUGCCCAGCCUUCUCCCUCCUGGCUGACAGCUGACAGCUGACUGACGGAGAUGAGCCGUAGAGGAGAACAGGAGGAAGAGUCGAAGUGUGUUUUCCUGUGAAAAGGGGAGGAAAGGGUCUGUGGUAUUGCUUCGCGGAGAGGAGAAGACGAAGAAGAACGAUGUCCUAACUAGGGGAGCUGUUUCAGCAGCAGAGAGCGGCCUGCAGGCCCGCAUCUCUCGGGCCUCUUCGUGUGUGUGCGUGUGUGAGUGCGUGUGCGUGUUUGUUUUCGCGCCGGAGUGCGCGACAGUGAGCAGGACUAUGAGUCUGGUGUCAGGCUACCCUCACCACCCGAUCAUGCACCACCACGACAGCCACCACUAUUCGCUGCACGCGGCGGCGGCCGGACGGUGCCACGAGGACACCGGGGCGCCUCCGUACUUCACGAGCUGGCUGAUCAGCCACGCGGACAUGUCGCCCACAGAGUACAGCCUCGCGCCGGGCUACAGCCCGGAGUACCACACCAACAGCGGGGGCGACUCCUCCGGCGGCCUGGACGCGCGCCACCACCACCACUACGGACCCGGGAACCAUCUGAUCCCUGGGCCCGGCACCAUCUCUAUGAACGGAGCCACGGUCGGCAUGCAUCACCACCACCACCACCACGCACACCCACGCACCAUAAAGCGGAGACCCACCGCAAAUCGCAAGGAGAGGCGACGGACCCAAAGCAUCAAUUCGGCCUUCGCGGAGCUCAGGGAGUGCAUCCCCAACGUCCCGGCCGACACCAAGCUGUCCAAGAUCAAGACUCUGCGGCUGGCCACCAGCUACAUCUCCUAUCUGAUGGACAUCCUGGACAAGGACGGCCAGCACGGAGACACGCAGGCGUUUAAAGCCGAGCUGAAAAAGACGGAGGCACGGGAGGAACGCAGGAAAAGAGAGGCGGUGGAGAUCCCUAAAGCUGCCUCCUCGUCUUCGUCCUCCUCAUCGGUAGGAGAUAAGAAGAGCAAAGGUCGGACUGGAUGGCCUCAGCAUGUCUGGGCUCUGGAACUCAAACAGUAGUGACCCCUCCACUCCCACUCCCGCUCCUAAAUUUGACCCCCGGGUUUUUGAUGGACAGUGCGUGCCUCUGCACUCUCGGGCUCCCCACAGCGACGGGGCCGGAUGGACGCUGCAGACGGUCGUCCUGCUGCUUGGCCACAGUCUCGGUUGGACCCCAGGAAGAAGAAGAAGAAGGAGAAGAAGAAGAAGGAGAAGUGACGUGUCCCCAGGAAGGAGUCUGGGUGUGGGCCGAGGUCCAUCUAGACAGGCACAGACGGAGUUAUGUCCCCUGUCACCCUUCUGAACAAACCAAACCAUCCCCACCCCAAACACACACACAUGCACACACAUUUACAUGCAUUUGUUUACCAAUGUGUCUGCGUAGUUGACCACACAAAUGGGGAUUUGUGUGUGUUUUAUUUAAGGGAAUAUAUUUAUGUUUAAUGUGGCCAUUAAACGGGUUUCUGCAGGAACUCUCACUCGGAUGUAUGUGAACACAUCUCUCUCUCUCCUAUUGCAGUUUUAGGUUGUAAACGUAGUGCCGUCACGCCACUGACAAAGUGUCUGUGUUUUUAUGUGAAAACAUGCUGGGAGUCUAAAUAAUGUUUGUCGUGGGAUGUAAACAAUGUCGUGAAAAGAAUAAAAGCACCACUUGAUGAAAUGGUGGCUGGUUCAAACUGGGCUCAUCUCUGCCUCUCACUCAGCAGCGGUUUCUUAUGAUCGCGCUGCAUCAUCUUAUUUUUAAUUUUUGCAACUUUUGAAAUAGUAUUUUAUGUAGAUUGAAUAAAAUGAUGUAAAAUAAUCACUAACAGAUAGCAGAUGUGCUAAAAUGUGCUAUUAUUGAACAGCAAAGUUGUCGAAUUUCCAUUUUGUUUUUUUGUGAAGGUGCGGUUCAGCCUCCAGAUGUGCAUCAGAUCUGUCAGACUGACGUAUUUGUAACAGAUCAGCUUUAACUUAAUGAGAUACCUGAGGCACACAUUAACAGAGGGAUUUAUAAAGGUAUUAUUUGUCUCUGUCAUUGUGAGUUACAGCUGAGUGUG